AUGUCAGAAUUUUCCAGUCCAGCAAAAGAAUUCCCCCGGCUUUUCGGUCCGUUCGCAGCAGUAGAGGCAAAGCUGGAGACCGCGUCACCGUACAAAAGAAUCCCACCGCUCAUGGCUCCGGAAAAAUUCGUAUCUGGAAAAGACUCGAAGUCUCAGGCCUCAGAUACGACGUUAUGUUCGCAAGCUGCCGCCAUCAUACCGGGCAGAUGCGUACUGGGCUUCGAUCUCCCGGACGAUGUGGAUACUCUUCUGCUGACCCUGAGGCGGAAACUGGCCGGACCAAAAACAGCAUUAGAAUACCGGGAGGAGUUUUAUAUGCGACAGCAGCGACCAGAGGAAAGUUUGAUGGACUACAUGGGGUCCGUACGGCGCCUUGCUCGAUUGGCAUAUCCCAUGUAUACAGUCAAGGAUGCACACGUUCUGGAUCGAUUUCUUGCUGGGCUCCGAGAACCCAGAGCCAAAGACGAGUUACAACUACGGCCAUCAAAAGACCUUGCCGCCGCAGAAUCCAUUGCCGAGAUCCUAGACCGGAACGGACACUGUGAAAGACGAUCGCAAGGAGCUUUCGCUGCAGGCUUCAGAGGAGAAUGGAGAGCGCCACCCGGAGAAAAUGGGGAGAGGAAACAUCCAAUGUCGCCCGCUUGCUACACCUGUCGCCAACUCGGACACACCUCGCGAUUUUGCCGAGAUCAAGGAGGACCGAGUAAGUCCAUAUUGAACGUUGCUAAUGCCAAUAAUUUUACUAAUAUGAAUAUGGACGUGAGAUUACCGUUUGUGGAGGUAAAGGUGGAGAAAAAAGCAGUUAAUUGUUUGUUAGAUUCCGGAUCGGGACCGGACUGGACCAUUCCCUUGAUUGACGUGCUCAACCGAUUCCGGCUAGGAGCAGUUGCAGUGGCAGCCGAUAUACAAGAUAUGUUCCUCCAAAUCAAGAUGCCAGAGGAUCAGCGCGACGCCUUGCGAUUGCUAUGGUGGCCCGAUGAUGACUUGCAGAACCCGGCGGUAGACUAA